UCCUCGUUCUGUGCUGAGAGACUUUAUCUCAUAGAGAAUGUUCAACCCGCUAAAUAAAUUGAAGGACCCCAACAGCCUCAUCAUCAAUCGGUGUUAACAUUUCAACGAAAAUCAAACUGGCAUUUGUAAAUGCUAUGAGUCGCUGAAGUAACACCCCCGCAUAAAAACUUGGACUCGCCUAUUCUGAGAUACGAACGAUUCGCGCGAGUAACUUAGAUCAGUCGCCACUUUGGUCCGACUUAAAAGGUCGCUGCUGUGAGGCAUGGCAUUUACAGGAUCGCAUCAGCAGCACGUUGUAUCAUCGGACUACACUGCUCAUACAGUUAAGCCGAGCAGUCGACGCUACAGAAAAGUGACUUAAUUAUAGGUGGCAUAAAGUGAAUCUUCGACUUAACGUUAAGAGAGGCAGCCAGGGAAUGCUCUCUCACCUGGCGACGGAGCUAUGCAUACGGGAUAAAAGGGGUACCCAAAGGAGUCGAUACCUGUGAGGGAAUACCUGUGUUGCGUUCCAUGUGAAAUUGAUGUCUGUGUUGUUGUUGAUGAUGAUGAUGAUAAUGAUGAUGAUGAUGGAGGCGCAGAACUCACUCUAGGGAGUCACAUCAAGAUGGAAUUACACUUUGAUGGGCUGAUAUUUGUAAUGUAUGCUUUGGAGCAAGUCACAGCCAUCGGUCUUGAUUAUAUUGGGACAACACUUGUGCCUCUACCGAAAUUCAUCCCAACAAAGGGUAAUUUUACUUUUAAAGCUGGAGAACUGGCCCGGCUGGAGUGCGCAGUAGACAACCUGAGCACCAAGAAGGUGAUUUGGCGACGGGGCUCGGAGUCCAAUCCACUUACCAUUGGUAAACGGACAUUUGUUGACGACAAAAGAGUCAUGAUAGAACACACGCCACUUCAUCAGAACUGGAAUCUGUUGAUAAAGCGCGUGCGAGUGGAUGAUGAAGGCAUGUACGAAUGCCAGGUGAGCUCUCAGGCCCGCCAUCUCCGACAUCAUGUCUACCUCACCGUGGAAGUCUCGGAGAGCCCAAACAACGUGAAUCCAGAUGAAGCAGGAAAACACCGAAACACAAGUGGUGUUAUUUACGACAUACGAAUAAGCGGGGAGAAGUACGUGGAGAAAGGCCAGAAGAUAAACCUCACGUGCAACGCCACUGGAGAAGAGCAUCCCCCUGAUGACCUCGACUGGUUCAAAAACGGGGAUAAACUAUCUACAAAUUACGGAAACGGAAUCUUUAUUCAAAAACGUGUUUCGUUGACAACAAAGACAAUUGUGAGCAUUCUUGAGAUCAAGAACGCCGACAUGAACGAUGCAGGAGUCUACAUAUGCCGGACCUCGGGGCUACAGAUCACGAGUUUAAGGGUCAAUGUCUUGAAUGCAUAUACAAACAACGUUAAAAGACACAAAUCAGAUAAAUACAAUUGGAUUGGAUCUACGGGAGAUUCGACAGCUCCGGUGAUGUGUGGUGAUUUGAUUACACUCGUCUACAUGGUAACGCUGUUGACGACAGUAACGUGAUACUCACAAUAAGCUGUGGCAGAGAGGUCGCUGGUGUAACAUGUGCCGAAGUUCAUAGUCUCUAGAAACUUACGCUUCAAAAGAACUGGAUGUAUAUUACAAUGAUAUACACCGUGAACAUGGUCACACGAUCGAAUAUAAGUGCUGGUUUCUAUUGCGUCAGGAGUGCCUGACUCGAUUCGUCUGCACCGUGAUGAAAGCAUAACGCACCAUGUUUACAUGAGACGUUGGCACUGGGACAUGAGACGUGGGUGGUUCUCGUCGUCGUUCAGGAACGUAUGAGUAUGUAGAACUUCCAAUAUUGAAUAUGAAACGCGAACAGUGUGAAAGUGCCUUUCUGUUUUUCGCUGUACAGUCGUGUUAUUCAUCAGGCAUGUGUUUUCUGCAUCAGAUGUCGCCAUCGCAAAUAAACAUUUGACUGACAUGUAUCGAAUACUUAAAACAUAACAGAGUGGCUUGUGUCAGCGAACAUACAUUGAAGCUUGCCAACUACCAGACAAUUUAUGUGACGGUUUCAACAUGGAGCUUGGCAGAAUCUUACAUACAUGAAUGGCAGCCCUUGAUUGAUUGUCAUCGGGGACGUCAAGAACAAAUGAUAUUAUAUUCGACCAUCUGUUGUGAACUUAUAUUUGCUGUCGAAAUGUCAUGACUUUGAUUUAUUAUCGAGACGGAAAUAUUUUAGACAGAGGAAGUCUUACUGUUUUCGUGGUGGAUCACACGCACCAAUACUUAAGUGUUAGACAUGAUGACCAUAUCACGGUCGGGGUACAACUAAAACACAUUUCCAUAUCAACCGUAUGGAGCUCACAACGCAGACUGCUUCAUUGAAUACCCGAUGUAUUUAUAGCCUAGAGAGCUUCCAAUGGAUAUAUCCUGACCUCUGAUGUCUGGUCAUAAACAAUGCAGUACAGGAGAAUUACCAAAUCAGAACUACAUGAAAUCAACACACAUCUCCCACAGAUGUCAGUUACCCCGCACCACAAUCACAUGUUGUCAUUUUGUGGGAUCUAGGUACAGGACAAAUACUAACGUUAAAAAGUAUAUGUGUUUCAACGUCAGAGUGGGUCUAGGCCAAUAACUCGUUCAUUCAUACUGUCUACCCAUAUGUUGAAUAAUUAGUGACUCAUAUCAGUCAUAUUUUGUUAAGUACUCGUAUGUCAAGGGAUUUGCCAAAUAUAGUGACCGUCGGGUUUGAAACCUCUACCUGUUUAGUCGUAAAGUCUGAUAGUUCCUGAUACAGUUGUUUCAAACAGAAACUGCCAUCCUUCCACGAGACAGCAGUACUUCGAGAUAGUGUACGUCGACUAUACUCACACUGUCACAAAACUGCUGCCGACGCCAUUCGGCGGUCGAGCUGUUCCGCCAAAGACAAAAUACAUAUUUGUGUAUAUAAACCUACCAGUGGUCGAGCUGCCAUAUCCAUUGUGUCUGUCUUUGAGUCAUCAACUUUCUUUCCGUUUUUUUAUUGUAUUUUCGUCAUUGCGCCGAUGAAUAUAUCACAGUAUUACAACUAUGAAACAACAGACUUGUGUGAAUAACACUACCCGUGGUAGGUAUGAUACUGGUCAUGGGCACCGUGAAGAUCACAAUAAGGAGAGUUCAUUUUUAUAGAUUCUCUGACUGGUAUAUACCCCGAGCUCACGGUACAUCAGGAGUCGAGAGCAUAUUCUUAUAUCGUGAUAUUUAUGCAUUGGUGGAAAAAAUCCGAAAAUGCCCCUUCCUGAUGUGAAAACUAACUACGCGUGUCCCUUGUCCUGUGUGUAGUUUUCCUGGUUGUUUAUGAUACCAGAUGGAGUUAAGGGACGAUGUGCUUGGUGGUAUGGCUGAUGGAGUAGAUGAUGUUGCUGAUGGUGAAGGCAGCAGUGAUUAGUAGUGUAGCAACAACACGCUCUAUAUCAGAGAAGAAUCGACGUGUCACAGGUAUCCGGUUUGGUUUAAGACACAUCGUGUUCAUUUUAGGAUUCAUUACGAGACAUUCUUAGAAAGGGUUCAAUCAAUUAUCGACAUCGAUGUUUGAAUCCAACUUCACAGUACUAUGUUUGGUUCUUAUUUCCUUCUGUUGAGAGUGAUCCCCUUAAAAUGUAGGAUUUCACAAGUUCAGAUUCAUGGGAAAUCGAAUGAUAUUCUUUUAUAUUUGAAAUAUUUUGAAUAAUGUAUCGUUGAAGUUUUCUAUGUCAAAUCAUGCCAUAGUUUGUUUCUUGCCAGCUUGUAAUUUCCGAAUCUGAUAACAUUUGUGAACUAGGCGUAGAUUGACUUCAGAUCAAUACCCUAAAUUGUCAACAUGCUUUCCAUUGCAUCAGAAACACUAGUCCACUUAAUACCCAAUGUGUAUACAUUGUGACAGUCACCCUUUCAUUGGCAACACAUGUUGCCGAUAGAAACAAAAUAUCUUCAUCAAAAAUCGAGCCGUCAUAAACUGAAAAUAAAAUAUGAAAUGCA